AUGGAUCAAUUCCGUACGGGAGGCCCGCAACGGGAAUUGGUUUCCGCAGCGGAGGAUAUAGCAGAUGAUGUGUUACGCCGUACCAGGCAUAUUUUACCCCAUGUUGCACGACUUUGUCUUGUUUCUACUUUUCUAGAAGACGGAAUACGAAUGUGGUUCCAAUGGGAAGAUCAACGUCAGUUUAUGCAGGAGUCAUGGUCAUGUGGAUGGUUUUUGGCAACUCUUUUUGUUAUCUAUAACUUCUUCGGACAAUUCAUCCCUGUCAUCAUGAUAAUGCUCCGGAAGAAGGUGAGUAGCUGA